UGGUGUAAAUUGAUAAAAUCAGGAAGACUGUAAAUUAUCACAGUGUAAUUGUUUAGAACACUUUUAAACAUUUUGAGUAAGAAAUGACUUAAAGUGUUUUAAUAGAAUAUUAUUUAGUACAACCAAUCCAGCUAUUCUUAGAGUUAAAACUAAUGGCAAUCUUUGAUAAGAAUGUGAAGGUGAAGCUCUAAUGUAAUCAUGGAAGUAUUAAAGAUCAAGGAUGAACCCUUUUCUGAUGAGGAGCAGGAUGUUUUGUUAGAUAUUGAAUUGGUGAUAAAUGAAGAAGAAACUUUUACAUUACCUUGUACAACAGAAGCUGAUUCCUUAGCAGAAAUAUCUCAUACCAUUUCUCAGUUUGAUGUAGCAGAAGACAAAGAAGAAAAGAACUAUGAUUUACUUCCACAGAAGACUGAGAACACAUCUAUCAGAGAGGAAACUGGACAAUCUGAUGCCUUACAACAUCAUGAGGUUAUUUCAAAGUUCGGUGACAUUGAUAAUGACUUAGAUUGUUUAAAAGAUAAUGCUAUUAAUGUGAAAAAGGAAAAAGAAUAUCAAGAAAACUUGCAAGAAAUUGAGUCUGAGUUUCAAAAUACAUCUGAUGUAAAGACUAACAAGAACAGCUGUGGUGGAAAUCAGUUUCUUGGUUGUCAUGAUUUAACACAAGAAGAUUCUCAUACAAAAAUCAACAAGUUGCAGAUGUCAAACACUGGUGAUAUGCUUGGUAAAAAUACUUCAAGAGAAAAUAUUCUAAAGCAGUUGGAGAUACCCUACUCUGGGGAGAAACCAUACAGUUGUGGAAUCUGUGGAAAAAGAUUCAAAGUUAAUAGGAACCUAAAAAUACAUGAGAGAAUACACAUUGGAGAACAACCAUACAGUUGUGUAGUGUGUGGUAAAGAAUUUGUGAGUAAAGGUCAUCUAAAGAAACAUGAGAAGAUACACUCUAUGGAGAAACCAUAUAGUUGUGCAGUGUGUGGCAAAGAAUUCCGAAUAAAUUAUAAACUAAAAGUACAUCAAAGAGUACACACUGGGGAGAAGCCAUACAGUUGUAUUGUCUGUGGCAAAGAAUUUGGAAGAAGUUGUAACCUAAAAAUACAUCAGAGAAUACACACUGGGGAGAAACCAUACAGUUGUGUAGUUUGUGGCAAAGACUUUGGAACAAAUAGUGAAGUAAAAAAGCAUGAGAGGAUACACACUGGUGAGAAACCAUACAGUUGUGUAGUGUGUGGUAAAAAAUUUGGAAGAAGUGAUGACCUAAAAACACAUCAGAGAGUUCAUACUGGUGAGAAACCAUAUUGUUGUGGAAUCUGUGGAAAAGAAUUUGGAAGUAAUAGUAAUCUAAAAAUACACCAAAAAUUACACAGUGGGACAAAACCAUACAGCUGUGUAGUGUGUGGAAAAGAUUUUGUAAGUAAAAGUUACCUGAAAAAACAUGAGAUUGUACAUACUGUAGAGAAACCAUACAGUUGUGUAGUGUGUGGCAAGAAAUUUCAAAGGAGUAAUAACUUAAAAGAUCAUGGAAGAAUACAUACUGGGGAAAAACCAUACAGUUGUGUAAUAUGUCGCAAAGAAUUUGUAAGUAACAGUAGCUUAAGAAAACAUGAAAAGACGCACACUAGAGAGAGUGUAGAGCUGUGCUCUGAUGUAACCAUGGAAGUAUUAAAGGUGAAAGGUGAACCCUUUUCUAAUGAGGAGCAGGAUGCUUUAUUGAAUAUGAAGUUGGUGAAAAAUGAAGAAGAAACUUUGUUACCUAGUACAACAGAAGAAGCUGUUUCCUUAGAAGAAAGAUUUUCAUAUGCCAGUUUUAAGUUUAAUGUAGCAAAAGAGGAACAAGAAGAGAACUGUAAUGUACUCCCACAGAAGACUGAGACCAGAGAGGACACUGUACAGUAUGAUGCUUUACAACAUGAUGAGGUUAUUUCACAGUUCAGUGAUAAUAAUGGUGAUGAUCUAAAUAGUGUAAAAGAUGAUGUUAUGGGCGUGAAAAAGGAAAAUGAAUUUCAAGAAGAUUUCCAACAAAUUGAAUCUGGGUUAGAAGAUACACCUGAUGUAAAGACUGGCAUGAACAACUGUUGUGGAAAUAAGUUUCAUGGUUUUCAUGACUCAACACAAGAAAAUUCUCAAACAGAAAUCAGUAAGACUCAGAAGUCAAACACAGGUGAGGUGUUUGAAAAAAAUAAUUCAAAAAGAAAUAAUCUAAAGCAAUAUGAAAUACCCCACACUGAGGAAAAACCAUAUGGUUGUGGAAUCUGUGGAAAAGGAUUUGUUUGUAAAAGUUAUCUAAGGAAACAUGAAAAGAUACACUGUUUGGAGAAACUAUACAGAUGUGUAGUGUGUGGCAAAGAAUUUGUAAAAAAUCACAACCUGAAAAUACAUCACAGAAUCCACACUGGGCAGAAACCAUAUAGUUGUGUUAUCUGUGGAAAAAGAUUUGUAAAAAAUCAUAACCUAAAAAUGCAUCAGAGAAUACACACUGGUGAGAAACCAUACAAUUGUUUUAUGUGUGGGAAAGAUUUUAGAACUAAAAGUGAACUAAAUAUACAUCAGAGAACACAUACUGGGGAAAAACCAUUUAGUUGUGUUAUCUGUGGAAAAGAAUUUGGAAGAAAUACUGACCUAAAACUGCAUGAGAGAACCCACACUGGAGAGAAACCAUACAGCUGUGGCAUCUGUGGAAAAGAAUAUGGAAGAAAGUUUAACCUAAAAAUACACCAGAGGACACACACUGGUGAGAAACCAUACAGUUGUGUAGUGUGUGGCAAAGAAUUUAGAAGUAAUUGUAAGUUAAAAAUACAUCAACGAAUCCACACUGGUGAGAAACCUUACAGUUGUGUAGUGUGUGGCAAAGAAUUUGGAAGAAGUGGUGACCUAAAAAUACAUCAGAGAGUUCAUACUGGAGAGAAACCAUACAGCUGUGAAAUCUGUGGAAAAGAAUUUGGAAAUAAUUGUAAUCUAAAAAUGCAUCAACAAUUACACACUGGAGAGAAACCAUACAGCUGUGUAGUGUGUGGCAAAGAUUUUGUAAGUAAAAGUUACCUAAAAAAACAUGAGAUUGUACAUACUGUAGAGAAACCAUACAGUUGUGUAGUGUGUGGCAAGAAAUUUCAUAGGAGUAUUAACUUAAAAGAUCAUGGAAGAAUACACACUGGGGAAAAACCAUACAGUUGUGUAAUCUGUCGCAAAGAAUUUAUUAGUAAUAGUAGCUUAAGAAAACAUGAAAAGACACACACUAGGGAGAGUCUAAAGCUGUAAGUGUUGGAUGAAAGUAUUUUGUUGUGAAUUUUAUUUUAUUUUUUCAGUUGUAUCUGUAGAUAUAAGGAGAGAAAUUGGUGGGGUUUGGUUGAGAAAUUGGAAGUAAUAGUCACAUUAAAGAAUAAUACACAAAGAUUCAGAAUAAAGAUAAAACACAGAAAUGUGAACCGUGCAUUGUUGUAAUGUCAGUAACAGAUAAUUUUCAAAGUUCCUUUGUCAAGAAACCUUAUUAGUUACAGAGGAGAUAUUUAUAGAUGUGUUUAGCAUCUGAAAAAGAAAUGAGAAGUGGCAGUAGUGGCCUAAAACACCAGGUGAUUAGAAGCUGUAUGGAAACUGCAGCUUGGAAUUUCAGUUACAUUAGUUCUUAUAGAUUUUAAUUACCUAAACUGUGAGUGAAAGUUCAGUAGCUGUUUGCUGACUGAUUAAUGUAAGCUUCAUUUAAAAAAUAAGAAGCAUCUUCACCCAUAGCAUAGUUUCAUUUUCACCUAUACUAAUUAUUUGAACAGAUUGGGGGCUGAGACAACAUAGAAUUCACCCAGUGCAUGUGAAACAAUGCCUUAACUGUCCUUGAACCUAGGAUUAGUAUUCUUUUAAAUGAUCUCCCAGUCUUCUAACAGUUGAGCCAAUGUAAGCUCCCCCAUAUGUUAUGCAGUAGAAUUCAUAAUUAACACAUGAAUGUCAAGAAAACUGAAUACAACCUUUAAACCUGAAAAAUUCUGAAUUCUCAAUAAAGGUCUUGUGUUAUUGAUGAAUUCUGCUUCCAUAAUGUGGGAGCACUUACUUGAGCUCACUGGGAGAUCACUUAAAAGAACACUAAUUCUAGGCUCAAGGAUUGUUCUGUGUGCACUAGGUGAAUGUGAUGUGGUCCCAACCACCAGUAUAUUAAAAUUAAUCACUAAAGCUAUACUACAGGUAAAGGAGAUGGUUCUAGUCCUUUAAAUAAAGGCUUGAUGAAACAAUCAACAAACAGAUACUAAACUUUUACUUUCCAUUCAGGUAGUUGAAUUUUUAUUUACACGUUCAGGUUGUACAGUAGUUCUUGUUUAGAAUAAGAUACAGAAAUGAAUAUAUGACAUGGUUGGGAAGUGUGUCAGAUCUUGAAAGGCAAGUCUGAUUAGAAUAGAAUACAUAAAAUAUUAAAUGCAAACUUGUAAGUGUUCUGUGUUUGGAUGGAAGUACUUGUUCAUGUGAUUACUAUUUUUUUACUGCUCAGGUUUUUUUACUUACGAAAGAAUAGGUGUAAACAUUUUACAAGAAUUAGGUUUACUCUUUGAUGUUAACAGAUCACAUAUUCAUAACAUUUACAGAAUGCAUCAGUUUUAUAGUUCAGCUUUUGUAGUUUUUAACUAGUUUUUUGUUAUGUAUAUCCCAUUUUAAUGUUUAAAAUAUAUUUUAGGAUUCCAAAGACGUUUUUGAAUGAGAAUUUCAAAGUUAAUGUAUUCACUCCCUCUUUUUGUAAUCACCUUUUUUUGACAUACACUCCUACUUUGGAUGAGAAAGUUACAUUCAUAUGAGAGCACUAGAGAGUAAAUUUUUUAUUUCACUUUUACUUUAUAAACCACCAAAAAACUGUCAUAUCACCUACAUCAAAAUUAUAUUUCCUUCUCAUAUGUGUUUUAUAAGUUAUGGUAAUCAAGCAUGUCUGUGUAUAUUGUUUUGUAUAAGUGUGUUAGCAUUAAACACCAAAGUGGUGAUAACCUGCUAAACUUUUAUUGAUAUUAUUUCUUUGUAAAAGGUUUCUUGCAUAUCUGCUUAAAUUCUACAAAUAGUUACAUUAACAUUCUCAGUAUAAAAUAAAUCUCAAUGAAUAUGCACAUUUUUUAUCAUAUACUACCCUUUAAUCAUCUGAAAUAUAAUGAACUCCUAGUUCAAAAAAAGUUUAUGAAUCCUGACAAUGUAUAAUUAACCUUGGUGCUUUUCUUUGAAUGUAAUGUAUAAAAUUUUAGGAAUAAAAUAAGUAAACUCACAAACAUAGCAUUACUGCCUGUGGUCUGUGUU